GCUUUUGGCUCCUUCCCCUUCCCUGUCGUGCUGUUCAACGUUCGAACCCUCCCUUCCUCCGUGUCCGUCCAGUCGCCAUUGACGACCACCUCCGCCGCCUCCCCUCCCUUAAAUCCCCUUCCGCUCUCAUUCACGCCUCAUUGCCUAAUCGACCCGUCUUCGCAGCAAAUCCUCAAUCCAUGUGAAAAGUUUCCAAGAAACCAUCUAAAUCCAAGAAUUGCAGCUUGGAGAUCCAGGAACGACCCCGCCGACCCCUAGGGGUCAAGAAUUUUAGCCAAGUGCGCAAGAACCGGACCCAGGAACCGAGGAAUUUGUAAGGGUUAGGCAGCGGCCGGGACAGCCAAGAUGGUGAGGCUGCCAUACACGACGGCGCUGACUACACUGUUCAGCUACGGGCUGCUCUUCGCGUUCGGCCAGCUCAGAGAUUUCUUCCGCAAGUUCAUCGAUUGGUUCAAGGACAAGAACAUCAAGGGGUACGCGCCGAUCUGCCUGGGCCUCGAAGAUUUCUACGUCCGCCGCCUUUACCUGCGGAUCCAGGAUUGCUUUUCUAGACCAAUAGCAAGUGCACCAGAUUCUUGGUUUGAUGUUGUUGAGCGAUACUCCAAUGAUAAUAACAAGACAUUACAGCGUACUUCAAAUACCACUAGAUGCCUGAACCUAGGAUCCUACAACUACCUUGGAUUUGCAGCAGCAGAUGAAUUCUGCACUCCACGUGUUAUCGAGUCUCUCAAGAAAUACUCACCAAGCACCUGCAGUGUUCGCGUCGAUGGUGGCACGACCGAACUUCAUGCUGAGCUGGAGACGUUGGUUGCACGUUUUGUUGGAAAGCCUGCUGCUCUCCUGUUUGGCAUGGGUUAUGCAACGAACUCAGCCAUAAUCCCUUGCCUAAUAGGAAAGGGUGGGCUAAUUAUUAGUGACUCACUGAAUCAUAACUCGAUUGUGAAUGGCGCAAGAGGCUCGGGUGCAACUGUCCGGGUUUUCCAGCAUAACUCCCCUGCUCAUUUGGAAGAUGUCCUGAGAGAACAGAUAACUGAUGGUCAGCCACGGACACAUAGACCGUGGAAGAAGAUUAUUGUCAUUGUUGAGGGUAUCUACAGCAUGGAAGGGGAGCUAUGCAAACUCCCGGAGAUCAUAGCUGUCUCCAAGAAAUACAAGGCUUACACAUAUCUGGACGAGGCCCAUAGCAUUGGUGCUGUCGGGCAGUCUGGGCGAGGUGUUUGUGAACUCCUAGGGGUUGACCCAGCUGAUGUAGAUAUAAUGAUGGGGACUUUCACGAAGUCAUUUGGAUCAUGUGGUGGAUAUAUUGCCGCGUCGAAGGAUUUAAUUCAGCACCUAAAGCAUAGUUGCCCAGCCCAUCUUUAUGCUACUUCCAUGUCACCACCAGCAGUGCAGCAAGUUAUUUCUUCAAUUAAAGUUAUACUAGGAGAGGAUGGCUCCAACAGAGGUGCCCAGAAACUUGCACGCAUCCGUGAGAACAGUAAUUUCUUCAGGUCAGAGCUUAAGAAGAUGGGUUUUGAGGUGCUUGGUGACAAUGACUCUCCAGUUAUGCCCAUAAUGCUCUAUAACCCGGCUAAGAUUCCUGCAUUUUCUAGGGAAUGCCUUAAACAGAAGGUUGCUGUUGUCACUGUGGCAUUCCCUGCCACACCUCUCCUACUUGCAAGGGCUCGUAUCUGCAUUUCUGCCUCUCACACCAGGGAGGAUCUGAUAAAUGCCCUUAAUGUUAUUAGUAGAGUUGGUGAUCUUGUGGGCAUCAAAUACUUCCCUGCAGAACCACCAAAGAUUUCCGAAGCCAACCAUGAUAAGCUGGAGUGAAGAUACACGUACCCUGAGUGAAAAAUAGAGUGAAUCAAGUUGUUUCAACCUAGUGGUGAAUUUACCAAGAAAUCAUUAUGGAACAAGCACAUCUUGAAAAAUGGUUUCCGUAGACUUGACUUGAGAUUUUGUCGAUACAUGAGAAUCCAGAGCCUGUCUUAUUUAGCUGACAACUAUUGUUUGUGGAUGCACAACUACUCUUCCAAAAUGUGUAUAGCUUGCUGAAGUUCAGUUGGUCUGUUGUUAAAAUCCAUUUUGUUCAUGUACAUGAGAUGGACACGGUAUAAAAUGUUAGGGGAACUUGUUUAGUUAUUUUAGUUACGAGGACAUUCUGUUUUCAUGUAUUUCUUAUAUGCAGUAAAUGAAUUGCCAUGUGCAGCA